ACUCUGUCUUGUUGUUUAGUUUAGACUCGAAGAAGAAGAAGAAGAAUUUAAUCUUCUUCAUUACGAUAGAGUCAUUGUUUAUUGAUAUCCAAGGAAAUCAAGACUAAUAAUAAGUGAUAGAAUCAAUCAGGAAGACCCUGUCUGUCUGUGUGAGUGAGUAAAGAAAUAUGGAGGCGGUAUCAUCUCUAUUAGGGUCUGUAUUUGGUGGUGCUAGUAGUGAUUCAGCAGCUACUAUAACAUCCAUAUUCAUUUACCCAAUCAAAUCAUGCAAAGGCAUCUCUGUUCCUCAAGCACCAAUCUCCUCGACUGGAUUCCGAUGGGAUAGGCAGUGGGUUGUUGUAAAUGCUAAAGGAAGGGCAUGUACCCAAAGGGUUGAACCAAAACUUGCACUUCUGGAGCCACAUCUACCAGCCGAUGCCUUCAAUCAAGGAUGGGAACCAACUCAUUCUUCCUAUCUAGUAUUAAGGGCCCCUGGGAUGGAAGAACUUAAGGUUUCUUUGACCAAAACUUGUGACGUAAUUGAUGAUAUCACUGUGUGGGAAUGGAAUGGUUCUGCCUUGGAUGAAGGAGAUCAAGUAUCCGAAUGGUUGUCCAAUUAUCUUGGAAAACAAUAUCGUUUAGUUCGUUUCAAUACAGCAUCACAAAAUAGGGUCGUAGAUCCCGAGUAUGCUCGCAGCAACCAGUACAGAACCAUGUUUCAUGAUGAGUAUCCAUUCUUGUUGGCAUCUCAGGGAUCGCUGAAUGCAUUAAAUGAACUUCUCGAGGAGCCCGUGUCAAUUAAUCGUUUCAGACCCAACAUUUUGAUUGAUGGCUGUGACCCAUUUGCGGAGGACUUGUGGACAGAAAUCAAAAUAAACAAGUCAGUUUUUCAUGGUGUUAAGUUAUGUGCACGGUGUAAGGUACCUACAGUAAAUCAAGAGACUGGGAUCUUUUCAGGCGCUGAACCAACUGAAACACUCAUGAAGUUUCGGUCAGACAAAGUCUUGGGUCUAAACAAAAAGCAAGCAGGGAAGGUUUAUUUCGGGCAGAAUUUAGUCUGCAGGGACUCUCUAACUGAAGGAAAAGACAAAGUUAUUCAAGUUGGAGACCCUGUUUAUGUUUUCAAGAAGGUGUCCUCAUCCGCGGAAGCCGCUGCUUGAUAUAUCGAAUAGUCUUUAUUCUACUUGCAACUUCUGUAACAUUUUGAAGCAAAAAUGGUUUGUUUUUCAUAUUAAAAAAACCGACUUUUUGAAACUAGAAAUGUAAGAAUUCAAAGUUAAUGAUUAAGGUUUUGCAUUGACGCCUUUCAAGUGUCA